AUGAACAUAAAGAGCGUGGGAGAGGCUAGUAGGCCCGUUCGCAGUACAGGGCCGCAGACUCCGACAUCCUUCCUGCGCACAUUCAGCAGCACCUCGCUCGCACCAUCACUACAACCCGCCUUCUCCUCCUUAAGCUUCGCCGGCUUGCUACUCUCCAAUCCGCCGAGCCGCGCCGGUCAGCGAACACGGCGUCCCUCGCCCGUCUUUGACCGGUUCCGCGCACGCACUCCAUCACCGACAACGACUUCUGCCGCCUUCAUCAACGGCACGAGCUCUGGCGGCGGCGGUCCUCCUCGACGCCUACCACCUUCUCCUCCCGCCCGCUCCUCCCUCGCCUCCCUGAUCGCGCGCAUCGACUCGCGCGUCUUCUCGUCGCUCCCUCGCAACUUUGUGCUGUACACCAUCAUCGCGCUCAACUUCCUCGUCUUUGGCUCGUGGAUCUACGCCGCUGAGACGCUCAAAAAGUUCUCCGAUCCGCGACCGUACAUCUUUCUCUCGAAAAACUUCCUCUCGGGAUGGACGAAUGUGAAGGAGGGUCGAUGGUGGACGAUGCUCUCGUCGUGCGUAUCGCAUGAAGAAGUGAACCAUUUCUUGGUCAAUAUGGUUUCCCUCGCCUUUAUGGCUCCCCCGGUCCUCGCCCUCACUGGACCAACAACGUUUGUGCUGCUCUACUUUGGCGCGGGCAUGGUCAGCAGCGUCGUCAGCAUGGUCGGAAAGCAACUCGUGCCAGCCAAAGACCAGAGAGGACUGGGAAGCUUCAGUCAUGGUGCCAGUGGAAGUGUGUACGCGAUCAUGUCGACGUUCGCGUGUGUCAACCCCACAGCGACGUUCCUGAUCUUCUUUGUGAUUCCAGCGCCAGCGUGGGCGUGCGUCACCGGCAUCUUCGCCUGGGACCUCUGGCACGCCAGCAGGACGCCAAAGGGCAGAACCGACUCAGCUGGGCAUGUUGGCGGUAUUCUAGCAGGCAUCGCGUUCUGGAGAUUCGGUCUCAGAGGCGUUCGUCUUUAG